AUGGUGUUACGGGCUCUCGAAUUUUCGGAUUCGAUAUCGGAUUCGCCGUGGUUUCGACAGAAUUUGCACGAUCAUGAAGUUGCAUUAGAUGAUGCUUUCAAAAAUAUCAAAACUAUUGAGAAUCAAUGCAAAGAAUUGAUUUUGUGCACGAAAAGUGAGUGUUUUGGGAAGGGAAAUUCCAUUGAAAAAAAUGAAGACUUUCUUCUUCAAAAACCUAUUUUUUCAAUUAGAAUUCAAUUUUUUCAUUGAAAAUUCAAAAAUUAUGCUUUAAAAUCUUCAAUUUCCCAUCAAAAACUUCCCCAACUGAGUUGGGGAAGUUUUUUUUCAUGGAAGGCUUCCGCCUUCCAUACAAAAAUUGAACCUCAGUGAUACACCCCCUCAAUUUAAAAAAAAUUGCAAAGUGAUAGACCCUAAUGGCCCCUGCAGGGGGAGCGAUGCGAUCUAUGCCCAACUCCAUACAUUUUUCAGAACUUUCAUUGGCACAACGAAAUUUUGCCAAAACUCUUUCCGAAUUCAAAAUCGAAAUGGUUGGAACAAAUCAAACAGAUGACGAAAGAUUUAUUGCAACUUGUUUGAAAGAAUUCGCAAAAAUGAUAAAUCAAGUCGAAGAUGAACGAAUGAAAAUUCUGAAUCAAUCUGAGGAAAGCUAUUUGGAACCACUCAAAAGGUGAGGUUUUUGGGGUGAAAUUUGAGGGAAAAUUACUUAAACUAAGAAUAGCCUGUUUUUAUUUGAUGUAUUUUCAUGAAAACUUUGAGACGAACUAGCAUUUUUGAUGAAAAACAAUACAUAUUUUGAUAUUUUCAAUUUUAAAAUCGUCAUUUUUGCUCGAUUUUGCUGUCCUCCAUGAAUCCGCAAUUUUGACCUAAAAUCAUCAUAUUCCGUGUUGAAUCCCUCUAAAAUCCCCAAUUUUCCUUCUAGAUUUCGAACUGAAGCAAUUGGUCGAACUUUGAACGAGGAAAAACGAAAAUAUGAAAAAGAGAGCAGCAAAUUCUAUUCGACGCUAGAAAAACACCUUCAUUUGAGUACUGUGAGAAAAACCGAUUUUCGAGAAGCUGAUGCACAAUUGGAAUUGCAACAGAAAAACUUUUUUCAAGGAAGUUUACAGGUUUGAAUUUUGGGGGAGGAACGUUUGGAAGAGAAAAUUCAUGAAAAGUGAAUACGGAAACAGUGAAUUUGAAUAUUCAAAAGCAAUAUGAAGUUUUAUAAAUUGUCCAGUUACGUUUUUCUGUUAAAUUAAUUAUGUAGAAUUUCAGAAACUCAAAUUUUUACUCAGAAAAUACGUUUUUUAAGGAAAAUUUGAAUUUAACAGAAUUAAUUUCAAAAUUUAAUCUAGAAUUUUUGAAAACAUAAAACUAAUCCAUUUUACGUUAAAAUUUGAGCUUCACCAACAAGUGGAUCAAUUAUUCUUUAUUUCAAAAGUUUUAUGUCAAAUUUUUGAAACAGUGAUUUUUUUUUCAUAUUGAAAAUUAGGUUUCAAUAUUUUUGGGAAAAAAUUUUCUACUGAAAUUCAUCUCUCCAAAAUCAUCAAAAAAUUUCCGAAUUUUUUCAGUAUGUCGCUGAAAUUCAAUCAGUCCAGGAACGUAUGAAAUUCGAAUUCGUCGAUACUCUUAGCUCUUAUGUAUAUUCUUGGCUCUCUUUUUAUCAUGUUGGUACGUAUUUUCUGGGCGGCAGAGAUUUUCUCGCAAAAAUCUCUGCCGUCUGUUUUUUUUCAAUGUUUUUUCAUUAAAAUCAAUCAAUCGAUUCGUGUUUUCCGCAGGUAACGUGAUUCACCAAGAUUUCAAACCGUUUUUGGACAAUGUGCAGACAAAAGUGCAAAAAACCAAGGAAAAUUAUAUGGCGACGAAUGCGGAAGCGGAAGAAUUGAAGAAAAAAUUGUUGGCAUCGCAUACGACUAGAGUAAGAUUUUUUGGGGGAUUUCGGAUAUAAUUUUGAGUCUGAAAGUUAAAAUAGGAAAUAAAGUAGGCAUUUUGAAAGAUUAUUGAAGUUUUUUCAACCAAAAAUUAUUGUGAAUAUUUUGAAACAGUGACAUUUUUCUGACAAGGGAACCUUUUUUACUCAACACUUCAAAUCAUGAUGAAAUUUGGUCCAUGGACAGCUUUUGGGACCAUAAGAACACCCUAAAAAUUUCAGUCUCCCAAUGGACCUAUGAGCCAAGUUCUGGGCUCUCAAAAGUUCAAAAAAGGCCUAAAAAUGGUCAUAAAAGUCAUCAUAGCUCCAUUUAAAAAUUUUUUUUGGGAGAAAUGAAGUUUCAGAUAUUGAUCAGCAUAGUCGAUUACCUAAAAGUACAUCAAUAAAAAACUUUGUUUCGAAAAAUUUUGAAGUUUUUUAUUUUUGAGCUGAAAAUUCAUAUGUGCCCCUGCUCAUUCUUUUUUUCAAAAUCAAAAAUUUUUCUGAAAAUUUGAUUUAUUGAUGCUUUUUGGGUAAAUCGACCACGCUGAUCAUCAUCUGCUACUCAGUUUUUGAUAAAAUUGAUCGAAAAUUGAGUUAUGACGUGUUUUAUGAGCCAAUUUUGGCAAUUUUCGAACUUUUGAGAGCCCAGAACUUGGCUCAGGGGUCCAUUGGGAGACUAAAAUUUUUAGGGUGUUCUUAUGGUCCCAAAAGCUGUCCAUGAACCAAAUUUCAUCAUGAUUUGAAGUGUUGAGUAAAAAAGGUUUCCUUGUGAAAGAAAAACUCAUUAGCUCAAAAUUAAUUUUGAUUAUUUUUUCAAAAGUUGAUUUUCAUUACAAAAGCGAAGUACAAAUUGAACAUUCUCUUGCUACUAAAAAAUUAUGAAAUUUUUGAAACAGUAAUUUUUUUCGGAAAAAAAUUUAAAAAAUGUACCAAAUAUUUGAAACAGUGCAUUUUUUAAAAUACAAACUAUUUUGAUCAAAUAUUCCAUUUGGACUAUGAAUUUUGAUGAUUUAGUCAAAUAUUGAUUUUCGAAAAAAGAUAACCAUAAUUGAAAAUUUUUUCUAUAAGAAAAAUAUAUGAAAUUUUCAAAACAGUGAAUUUUUUCACAAAAUUUAUGAGAGUUUUUUGUCUUAAUUUUACCGCUGGAAAAGUACAGAAUUCAAAUAUCAAUAAUUUCCUGAUCCCAAGAAAACUUGAAACAGUACACAUUUUUUCAAGCAAAGAAGUUCUGAAAUCAUUUUUCAAUUUUCUUCAGAACAUAUAGUUUUGAAACGUAUAUUUUUUCAACAAAAAAAAAUAAUUUUUUACAGUCAAAUGAUGGAAGUCGACAAGCUUCAAUAAAACAAGGAUAUGUGUAUAUGCAAGAGAAAAGCAAAAUUCCGAGUGAGUUUUUUUGUGUGAAAAAUAUUCAAAGAAAAAGCAUUAGAAAAAAUCUUACCUAAAUUUUGAAACAGUGAAAAAAUAUUUGAACAAAAAAAAUCGAUUUUCAAUUUAAAACUGGUAAGAGAAACCCUUUUUUAGUUCCGAUAAAAAUUCAAAAAACAGAAGGCCCCUUCUCAACAUUGUUAAUUUUUGCAGAAACAAUCGGUCGAGAUGUUUUGGGAAAAUGGACCAAAUAUUAUUGUGUAUAUUCAAAAGAAACUAGGAUUUUUACAAUGGUUAGCGCGAAUUCGGCAACAAAGACUGAUAUGAAAAGUGCGGUAGCUCAAACUGUUACAUUUCGUCUAAAAUCGUGUGCAAGAAGACCGGCAGAUAGUAUUGAUAAAAGGUGAGAUUUUUGAAAGGGUUUGGGGAAGUUUAAAGGAAGAACAUUGAGGAAAAUUGAGAUUUUUCAGUCCUCAAAAUUUUGUGAAAUUGAACUUUGUCAAUUUUAUAACAUUCAAUUUUGAUUUUCGGAAAUUUUUCAAAAAAUUUCACUGUUUCAAAUUUUUGGUAUAAUAUUCUCUGGAUCUCAAAAACCUGAUCAAUUUUCUACAUUUGCUUUCAAAAAUCCUAGAUAAUCCGAAACUUUUUAUCUCAAUUAUUAGUUGAAAAUUUAACUGUUCCUAAAUUUUUAUUUUGUUUAUUCAAUUUUUAUUCAAAAAAUUCCACUGUUUGUAAAAUUUUCUUUGAUUUCGAAAAAUCUGAUAAUAAAAAAUAUAUUCAUUCUCAAAAAUUGCUUUUGUUCAAAAUUUUCACUGUUCCAAUUUUUCCAAAUGAAAAAAAUAACUAGAUAAUCGGAUUGACCCAUUUUUGUCGAUUUUCCAACUAAAAAUUGUCAUUUUUGAUGAAAAAUCAAAAAUGUUUGUUCCAAAAUUUAUACUGUUUCAAAAUUUUCAUAGAAUUGUUUUCGUUUCUGAACAUUUUGAUAAAGGAAUGGUUAUAAUAAAAAAACCUCAUACUUUGAGAAAUGUGAAAUUCUGGAAAAUUUGAAAAAACUGUAAUUUCUCCUUAACAAUUUUUUACUGUUUCAAAGUUGCUAUAUAUUUUUUCUGUUUCUGAAAAAAAUUGAUAACACAUUCUGUUAUAGAUGAAUUUGCAAAAAUAAACAUUUUAAGCCUAUUUCCUCCUUAAAAUCCCUUAUUUUCUCCAGAUUCUGUUUCGAUGUUUAUGUCGAAGAGAAAAACGACGUGAUGACAAUGCAAGCCUUGUCCGAAAAUGAUUUAUCUGAAUGGAUUGAUUCGAUGGAUGGAGCAAAACAGAACGCAUUUCAAGCUGGCGAAAAUCCAUCGUGUUCGACUUAUAAACAAAGUUGGUUUUGAGGGAGGGUAAACCGGGAAAAAUUAUCUUUAAAUUGAGAAAAAUGAGAAAAUUUGGCUUAGAAAACCCAUUGUUAAUUUCGAUUGGCUUAGAAACCGGAAGUAUGGGUUUUGGUGGCCUAGAAAUCCAAGACUUGGUCUAGAAAUUCGAAGUUUGUUUUCCAAACCUAGAAAUCAAAUGUUCCACUCAGAAAUAUGUGGUCCGGUUUCGUUUGUCUAGAAAUUUAAUUGAUGGCCUAGAAACCCGAAGUUCGAAUUUUGGUGACCUAGAAAACCUUAUUUUAGCCUAAAAAGUUGUUUUUUUCUGGAAUUCGGCUCCUUUCUGCUGGAAUGACGAGAAAAAUCAAAAUUUGUCCAAAAAUAAGCCCAAAAACCACAUUUUCAUAGGCUUAAAAACCCAUAAAAUGGUUUUUUUCUUCCUCGUCGUCUCAACUCGAAAAAAAGUUUAUCAAAAAUAAUCCUCAUCCUUUUCUCGUUUUUUCUUCUUCUGCGCAUUCAUUUUUUCCCAAAACUCGCAUUUUUUCACACCGCUUUUUUGUCAGCCGACCGAAUGAAGUAAGUAGUAUUCUCGACAAUUUUUUCACUCGUUUUUCUUUUUUUUCGCGCGCCCAACAACUUUUUUCUUCCUUCAGUGCUCACCUCAUUUUGUUCCUCUCUGCACAUCUUUUUUUGCUCGUUCUCGACUUUUUUGCGCUUUUUUGUCCCGAGUCCGCUCACACUUUUUCACACACAAAUUGGCUGCCACACCCGAAUAAAGUCACGUCAUUUGUUUUUGCGCCAUAAUAUUUUGGUGCAAAAAAUUCGGAUUGAAAAGCCACGUCACGUUUAUUUGAGACACUAUCCUUUUAAAAAUGUGGAUUUUUUCAGCAAUAAACAGGCUAGAAAUCUGAAAUUUUCAUCAAAACUGCAAAUUCCUGUUUGAAAUCCAUAUCAUUGUUCUUUUCCUCUUGCGCUAUUUUUUGGCGCCACAAAUAUAUAUAUAUAUUCUCCGGUUUUUUAAUGAAGAAAGAUUGGAUUUCAGUUUUCAGCUCAGAUCUCUUCGUUUUUCUCUUCUCCCUCGGAGAUUUAUUUAUGAGGAUUACUGUAGGUGUUUUUUCUUGGCUGAAAAUAGUAAUUCUAUUUUUUUAUUUGGUUAGUAUUUUUUCACUGUUUCAAAAUUUUUUGAAAUAAUUUUUCAGUUUUGAAAAACCGAUUUCACGUACAUGCAUAGUCUGAAAAAUCUGAUUAUUUUUUAAAGUUCAUUUUCAGAUUUUCAAAUAGUUUAAGCGUAAGAAUUAAAUAUUCCUAGUUCAAUGUUUGGCUGAAAAUUUAAGAUUUUCCCAAAGAAAAUCUCGAAAAUUCCCCCAAAUUUUCAGCAAUAAAUUUUCGUUUCGCUUUUCUCUGACAUAUGUCUGAAAUAUAACAAUAAAUAUAUUUCUCUCGAUUUUCAUUUUUAGUGUUCUGACAAAAAACACAGAAAAGAAAAGCUGUAAAAAUGCACAUUUUCUCAUCUGGAUCUCAUCUUUUUCUCUCUCAUUUUUUGACCUUUUUGUGCCUGAAGCAGUGAAAAAAGAAAAAAGAAAUUUGCAUUUUAGUUGGUCAGACAUUGAUGUUUUGGCCGGGGGUUUGGGUUUUAAUGGAGAAAAGUGUGCUAUGGUUGCUGGAAAUAGGCGGAGCUUGAUUUUUUGCACAAAAAUCUGGAAAUUUAUAAAUGAAAAAGUGUGCCAGACUUGCAUUUUCUCAAGCUCCACACAUGUUUUUGUGAUUAAAAUGAAUGUGCGAUUACUGAAAAGGGGCGGAGCUUAGUUUUGAAUACAUCAACGAAUACAGCAAGAAUACAGCAAGAACAAUUAUUUAGGAAAAACUGUGUCAGGAUUGCAUUUUCUCAAGCUCCGCUCAGUUUUAUCUUUUUCCCAAUAAAGUUCAGUCAUUUUCCCCGCCCGAAUUUCAUUUCAAAUCAUUUUUUUGUCCAACACACAGUGCAAAUAAAAGAGCACGGAUUUAAUUGAAUUUUUUCGCGUUGUCAAUUUUGCCACCAAAAUUGCAGCCAAUUUUGUUUGUUUUUUUGUGUGUUGAAAACAUAUAUUGCCUGCACUUUUUGUCCUGGAAAAAUGGAAUUUUUCCUCUCCCAGAAAAAAAAUGACAUUUGUUCUGACAAUUGUGAGCCCAAUUAGCAAAUUUGAUUUUGCUGCUGUUUUUUUUUGCGAAAAAACAGCCAGCAAAUCUAAGUCAAAAUCAGCUCGUUUUCUUCUUCUUUUUUCUCGCAGCCCCAAACUUUUUUUUGUUUUUUUCUUCCUCGAAAAAAACAUGUAUAGUUUAGUUUGAAGUUUUUCUUGGUGCGAAAAUUGAAAAUGAAAAAAAUUCCGGUUUUUUUGCAAUAUCAAUUUUUCGAGCUCGAUUUCCCUGGGGAACUUUUUUGAUGGGAAAAUUCAACUCAAUUUUUUGUUGAGCUGUUUUUGAGUUGAAAAUGAACUUUUUUCUGGAGAGUUGACUAUGACGUGGGUUUUUCUUGAGGUGGGAAAGAGGCGUGGCCUAUUUUUAUCCUAACUUUGAUCCGAAGAAUCUGACUUUUUGUUAAUCUUGGUUAAACCUAAGCCUUAGAUUUGGAAACAUGCCAGGCUUGCAUAAAAUGGGCGGAGUCUAAUAGAGAUAAACUGUGCCAGACUGACAAAAAUCAAGCUACGUCCAUUUUCUCGCUGUCAAAAAAUUCCCAAAAAAAAUGACAUCAUUCAGCUCAUUUUCCUUUUUUUCUCAUUCUUAGUCGCAUCUUAAAAUUCUCGAGCUUUUAUAUAUUUUUUUCUUCUUCUGUUUUGUUCUUUGUCGUUUCUUCGUUGUCAAAAUUGAAAUGGAUCCCCCCAAGAGGAUUUUUGCUAUUUGAGCACCCAAAAAAUAAAAUAAAAUAAAAUGAUGCUCCCCCUCCACCAGCCAAAAAAUCCCAUUUUUCUGCGCCUCGUUUUUUCUUCUUGGCCCAUUACUCUACUAGAAUAUUCUAAGCCUUUUUCUGUGGGGCUAUUAGCGAUAAUUAGGAGGCAAAAAAACGAGGACGAAAAAGAAGUUUUUCUUUUCUUUUUUUUCGAGAGUUUUUGGUUUGGGUUUUGGUUUUUGGAUGGAAAAUAUGCCAGACCUGCAGAUUUUAAGCUCCUCCUACUUUUUCAUUCCUAAAAAUUAGUUUAGAAAAUCUGUCAGGGUUGCUAAGCUAAAGCCACGCCCAUUUUUGUUAGAAAAUUUAGGAUUAACCUGAUAUUUCAAAGCUAUUAAAAAAGUGUGCCACACUUGCAUAAUUAGACCACGUCUAUUUUCGCUAUUUCAAAAUCUAAAUUAUUUUCAUUUUCCCCAUUCCCAUUUAUCUCUAAAAAGAAAUACUCAUCCAUUUUUCUUCUUCCUCUGUGUUUUUUUUACUCUAAAACUAUUCUUUUUUUUUGCUUCUGACUGACUUUUGUUGUUUUUUUUCUCAACUUGAACAAUUCCUUCCAUCCAUUCAUUUUUCGGUUUUCUUCUUCUUCUCUUCCACCAACAAAAUGAGUGUAUACGAAAAAAAGCGAAGUUCGUCGUUUGGCGAAAAUUCGACGAACUCAAACGCGGAUCCCAAAAAUGAGAUGGUAAUGAUGAUGGCCGGUCAAAUACAAAAACAACAAUCACAGAAACGAUUCAAUAUUACCGAUGGAUUGAGGUCUUUUCAUAAAGCUUCCGCGUUUUUACCCGGUUUUGUUGUCGAUAAUUGUAAUGGUGGGUAGAAAUGGUGAAAACGCGAGGAUUUUAAGUGAAAUACGAGUGUUGUUUGGGUUUCUAGGUCAUCUAAAAAUGUAUUUUAAAGUUCCAGGCCACCAGAAUCAGUUUUCGGUUUUCUAGACGACUAAAAAUAUAUUUUUGGGAUUCUCGCCGGAGAAAAAUGGGUUUCUAGGCCACCACAAUGUCAUUUAGGGUUUUCUAGGCCAUGAAACCUAAAUUUCUUAGUUUUCUACAAUUUUUCGAUAAUCAAAAAGUUGAUGUAUAAAUCUAUCACACAUAUUCAAAAUUUAGCGAAUUUAACGUUAAAAGUUUGCCAAGAAAAUUUUACUGUUUCAACAUUUUGUAUUAUUUUUUCUAUUUUUUGAUAUUUUGCUUUCUUCAUUAUUGAGUAGGAACUAUCGCAUUUUCAACAUUAUUCUUGGGGUAAAAAAUUUUUUUACUGUUUCAAAAUUUGGAGAAUCGUCUUUGUUCUUGAAACAUCGAUUCAUUUCCGAUAUUCGCUUUUCGUUUGCUUUUUCGAAAAUUUGGGAUUAUUAUCAGACAAACUGAUUUUUGGGUUUCUAGACAACCAAAACAUAUUUAAAAUUCUAGACCAUUCACUGAAAGUUCUAGUUUAAAUGCAAAUUUUAUCCUUUUGUUUUUAAUUUGUUUUCAUGCACUUUUAUUUCGAUAAAAACGGAUGAAGUUUUUCAGGAAAAGGAGAUCUCUGGGUUAUAAAUAUUUGAAAAAAAAUAAUAUGGAUUUUUGAAAAUCUUUGAGACCUCUCCAAAAAUAUCAAUUUUCAGCUCAACUCGACGAAAUUGGUUUCGAAUUUGUCGAACAAUGCAUCGAUAUUUUGGAAGAGAGCGGAAUCCAUGAACAAGGUGUCUAUCGGAAUUGUGGAGUGACAUCAAAAGUUCAGAAAAUGAUGCAACUUGGAUUGGAUCGAAGAAAAGCAAGUGAAAAAGGCGGAUUGAAUUUGAGAGAUGAUGAAUGGGAAACUAAAACUAUUAGUAGUGCUGUAAAAACUUUUUUGAGGUGAGUCGUGGUUCAAACACAUACAUAAAAUAGGUCCCCCGAGUCAGUUUUUUAAGUUAGGGUCCCUCCUUGAAAAUUUUCCAACGUUAAACACCUGCCUCACAUUUUUGAGCGAAUUUUGGUAAAUUAUCAGCAGAAAAUUGGCCAAGUUUGACACCCUUCUCUCCAGAUUUUUGAAAAAAGUUAAGCCCCUCACCCCGAUUCAGGGGACCUAUUUUAUGUAUGUUCAAACAAUAAAUCCUAUGUUUUCUUGAAAAACUUUUUUUAUUUUUUCAGAAAUCUUCCGGAACCGUUGAUGACUUUUGAACUUCAUAAUGUGUUCAUAAAUGCAGCCAAAAUAUCAGAUGCAACAAUGCGAAUCGAUCAUAUUCAUUUUUAUGUUCAUCAAUUACCAGAACAACAUCGAAAAAUGCUUGAAACAGUAAUCAAACAUUUGAAAAGAGUCGCUGAUUUAUCGGCGGAAAAUUUGAUGACAGUUGGAAAUUUGGGAGUUUGUUUUGGACCGACACUGUUGAGACCAAAAGAGGAAACUGUUGCUGCAAUUAUGGAUAUCAAGUUUUGUAAUGUUGUUGUUGAAGUAUUGAUUUCGAAUUAUGAAAAGGUGAGGAUUUUGGGGUUUUUUGAGAACUAGGAACAUCAAAAUGAUAGAAAUGUGACAAGUUGAAUUUUCUUGAUACGAAGAACGAUUUUUCAACAACAAUUUUGAAAGUUUUUCACUAGAAAAUCGAAUUAUCAAAAAAAAAAUGAUUUUCCAACCAAAAGUAUCAAACCUGCCUCACUUCUUAAUUCUAGAUUUUCAAAACCGAACCGCGUUCAUCAAUCGAUUCGGCAGUUCCACCAAAACCCGAUCAUCAUCAAAUACACGAAGAUCCACGUGGCACCACAACCACCGGAAAUUCGUCAUUUAUUCGUUCCGCCCAUAUUUCCACAUCCUCACCAUUGAAUAAUCGAUCGAAAUCACCGAAAACUUCGAUUGGCGGAGGAAAUAAUAAAAUUGUACGGAAUACGCAAAUUGUAUCUAAUAGUUAUUCGAAAUCAACACAACAAAGACAUGCAAUGUAUCCAACUGGUAUCUUUUUUUUAUUUGGGGGAAAAUUAUGAUUGCUCAGAUUAGGAAAAAUUGUUGUUUUUUUUUUGAGCAUUCAAUUCAUAAAAGUAUUCGCAUUGCUCAGGUUGAAAAAGUUGUUUUUGUAACAUGAGCAAUGUGUAUUUUGAAAAUAAAUUUGAAAUGACUAUUGUUCUCAAUGGAUAAUUUUGACCGUUUUUCUCCCAAAGGCCAUGUCAUUUUCUUUCCCAAAAUUAUCUUAUUUUUUUUGCAGAAAUCGCUCGACAUGCAGCCGGUUUCGAUAUGUCUUCAAUCGCCGAUUUCGGUGCCAAAAGCCCUCAAUUAUCACCAACAAAUCCAACAGGACCCGAUGAAAAUACAACAGUUCGAAAUAGUUCGGAUUCGCUGAACUCGUUGGGUUCAAUGGGAAGUAUUGGUGAUGAAUCGACGACAACAAUUGUACCCGAUAAUAAUUCGGCAAUCAAAUGUGAGUAUUUUUUGGGAUGCAGAAAAUUUUGUGUAAAAUUGUGAAAUUGGGGUCAUUCUGAUCCUUGGUUCUUGAAAAAUAUGCAAUUUUAAGUCUUUCAUCUUCAAAAUCAAUGAAAUGCAACAAAAAAUCACAAAUUCGCCCCUCUCUGAACUUAUUUAUUUUCAAAAUUCAAAACUGUUUUUGUUUUCAGCAAAAUACAGUGUAACAUAUGCAUCGACUUAUAAUCCAAUUCCACCAGAUUCGUAAGUUUUUAUUUUAUUUUUCAAUUCACUUGGAAUUGAUCAACCUGAGCAAUGCCGGAAAAUAUUGUUUUCAAUUAAAAAAAAUCAUUACUCAUAUUGGAGUUCUUUUUUGGGUUUUCUACUAUGAGCAAUGAGUAAUUUUUCGAGAUAUCUUAAUUGUCGUAAACCAGCGCAUUAGAAAAUUUCGAAAAAUUAAAAAAAAUUGCAUGAUUUUCUUCUAUUUUUUUUACACGCACACACAUUUUUUCUAAUUUUCCCUAGCACUUUUUCCACCUCUUCCCUCUAUCCUAUUCUAUCCUUUUCCUGAUUUCCUCUUUCUUUUUAGAUCUUCUUCUCGUUUAUUUUCAUCAACAUCUUGUACAUCUGUCGAUUCAACGGGUCUCGAAGCGACUUUCACAUCAAUCACCCGCCAAAAUUAUUUGAAAGCGGCGCUGAACAAUUCGCAACCGAUUUAUAAUCAACCAAGGUUUUUUUUUGAUUUUUUUGAUUAUUCACUUCUUUUUUUGCAUGGUUUUAUUUUCACUGUCCUUUAGAAAAAAAACCGAAACAUUUUAUAACAUGAGCAAUUCUGAAAAAUCAUUGCUUAUGCCAGAUAUGGAAUUUUUGAGAAAGAGUAUCAUAAAAUUGCUCAGAUUGAAUAGAAUUGUUUGCUAACAUGAGCAAGACUUCAAUUCUCAGAAAAUUAUUGAAUUUUGCAGCCGACGCGUCAAAACGCUAUAUUCUUGCACACCAGAUCAUGACUCGGAAUUGUCGUUUGAGCCCGGACAAAUUAUUACAAAUGGUAGGUUUUUCUUUCACCAAAGUUUCGAAUUUUUGGGCUGGAGAUUCGAAAAAUUCAAGCUUCUGUCUUUAUUUUCAAAAUUUCAGCAAAAAGUUUGAAUUUUUGACAGAAAUUUCAAAUUGCAGGAAAAUAUUUUGAAAUUGUUCCUAAAAAUUCUCGCUUUUUCUAUUUCAGAUUUCUAGAAAUUUUAUUUCUUUUUCCAAAAUCUCGAAAUUCCCAAUUUUCUUAUAAAAAUCUCCUUUUUUUACAGUUUACGAAUCAAAAGAGGAUGGUUGGCUGGUCGGAACAUUAAACGGCAAAACUGGUCUAAUUCCAUCAAAUUAUGUCGAACCUUUGCCCUAG